CUACUGAAAAUUAAUGAAAUUGUGUAUUUCCUUGAAUUCCUGCCACGUUAGAGGAGAAGGGCAGGUAUUGUCUUAGGACUGGGUUUUUUUUUUUGAAAUUGUACCCCUUCUGUCGGGAGGUUUCAGUUGAAGUACCCUUUACAGUUUUCGCUCACUGAAUGGCACCAGUUGCAAUGAAAGGCAGAAUAAUUUGAUUAACACAUUGUUUCCCAUUUAUUUAAUGUAUUGUACUGGUGUAUCUGGUCCGCAGCUGGAAUAAAUGGAGGCAGCACAGGAUGCAGUUUAAAGCAGUGUAAACUGCUGUUUUUAUUGAAGCGCUGGAACAGCAGGCUAAUGGACGCUCUGUCAUAAAAUGGUUUAGCUCUGAUAGCCAGCUCCAGGACACACUCUCACACAACUACACAACACGAACCUGAGCUGCACACAGGCAGCUCCUAAAUACGGUCAUGGUCCAAUCGCUCAGAUCCUCGGUCCCGCGCAAACAGGUGGCUGGCGGAACUGAACACAAAUCACAGUGCAGCCAACACAGACCCUCUCAUACAGCUGCACUGUGCACGUGACACCCCAGGCACGUCACACAAACAGCGGAGAAGACAGGACAGCACACACACACACACACACACACAUACACACACACAGCAAUACACGAACAGCUGCAUCUGCGGUUCACUUUGAACUGCUAAACAAAGAUGAAAAAAUUAUACACGGUGUUUUAGAGAAUAUAUAAUACUGUUAAAAAACCAUUCUUUUCUUUUACUUUCAUUUUGAUUUGUGUAUUUCUGAGUCGUCCUGCGUACCCCCUAUGACCCUUAGAAGCGGUACGUGUACCCCCGGUUGAAAACUCCUGCGUCAGAAAAUGGAUGGCAUUAGAAAUCAUUAUGCGAGUUUAUAAUUUACAAAAUAAAACAGAACAGCACAGAAAUCUAAUAGCCGUGUGUGGCAGAGCGGUUGCAGUGCUGACGUCACGGACCAGGAAGAAGCAAUACAAAACAAAGGCAAAGAAGAGAACAAAGAGAGACUAACAGCACGCAGGUGACAUCCAGGGAGGGGCUGACGUGAGCUGACUGCAAGAGAGGGGUUUAAAUAUGCAGUGCAGUCUAGUCUACACAGAUUACCUGUCGCUGUCCGUUUGAGCUGCCUAUUUACCCUGAAGAGAAGAAUUGAACGUUCAGAGCACUAGAGCCGUGCUGCACAUCCCACUGACAAUACCUGAAGACUGCCUUAUCUUGGUGAAAGUGAAGGAACAAAGAUGGAAUCUGUUUACAUUAAACAGGAGGAGGUUGUGGAACUGGCACCUAUCUGCAUUAAACAGGAGAUGCCUGAACUGGAGCCUGUCCACAUUAAAGAAGAGACUGAACUAGAGCCUGUCCACAUUAAAGAAGAAGAGACUGAACUGGAGCCUGUCCACAUGAAAGAAGAGACUGAACUGGAGCCUGUCCACAUGAAAGAAGAAGAGACUGAACUGGAGCCUGUCCACAUGAAAGAAGAAGAGACUGAACUGGAGCCUGUCCACAUUAAAGAAGAGACUGAACUGGAGCCUGUCCACAUGAAAGAAGAAGAGACUGAACUGGAGCCUGUCCACAUUAAAGAAGAGACUGAACUGGAGCCUGUCCACAUGAAAGAAGAAGAGACUGAACUGGAACCUGUCCACAUGAAAGAAGAAGAGACUGAACUGGAGCCUGUCCACAUUAAAGAAGAGACUGAACUGGAGCCUGUCCACAUUAAAGAAGAGACUGAACUGGAGCCUGUCCACAUGAAAGAAGAAGAGACUAAACUGGAGCCUGUCCACAUUAAAGAAGAGACUGAACUGGAGCCUGUCCACAUUAAAGAAGAGACUGAACUGGAGCCUGUCCACAUGAAAGAAGAAGAGACUGAACUGGAGCCUGUCCACAUUAAAGAAGAGACUGAACUGGAGCCUGUCCACAUUAAAGAAGAGACUGAACUGGAGCCUGUCCACAUUAAAGAAGAGACUGAACUGGAGCCUGUCCACAUUAAAGAAGAGACUGAACUGGAGCCUGUCCACAUUAAAGAAGAGACUGAACUGGAGCCUGUCCACAUGAAAGAAGAAGAGACUGAACUGGAGCCUGUCCACAUUAAAGAAGAGACUGAACUGGAGCCUGUCCACAUUAAAGAAGAGACUGAACUGGAGCCUGUCCACAUUAAACAAGAGGAGACUGAACUGGAGCCUGUCCACAUUAAAGAAAAGACUGAACUGGAGUCUUUCUGCAUUGAAGAGGAGUCUAUUGACUUGCUGUUUAAGGAUUCAGAAAACAUAUCCCUGCCAAAGAUAUCACAUCAAUGUACUGAAUGUGGGAAGAACUUCAGUCAGUUAAGAAGCCUAAAAAGACACCAGAGAAUUCAUACUGGAGAGAAGCUGCAUCACUGCAGUGACUGUGGGAAGAGCUUCAGUCAGUCAGGACACCUAAAAUCACACCAGCGAACUCACACUGGAGAGAAGCCGCAUCACUGUUCUGACUGUGGGAAGAGCUUCAUUCGGUUAGGAAGCCUAAAACAACACCAGCGAAUUCACACUGGAGAGAAGCCAUAUCGCUGUUCUGAAUGUGGAGAUUGCUUCAGUAUGUCAGGAAGCCUAAAAAGACACCAGCGAAUUCACAGUGGAAAGAAGCCGUAUCAUUGUGUUAAAUGUGGGAAGAGUUUCAGUCUGUCAGGAAACCUAAAAAGACACCAGAGAAUUCACGCUGGAGAGAGGCCGCAUCACUGCUCUGACUGUGGGAAGAGCUUCAGUCAGUUAGGACACCUAAAAUCACACCAGCAAACUCACACUGGAGAGAAGCCACAUCACUGCUUUGACUGUGGGAAGAGCUUCAGGCGGUAAGGAAGCUUAAAAAACACAGGUGAAUUCACACAGGAGAGAAGCUGUAUCACUGCCCUGAUGGUGGGAAGCGCUUCAUUCAGUUAGGAAGCCUAAAACAACACCAGCAAAUUCACACUGGAGAGAAGCCGUAUCACUGCACUAAAUGUGGGAAGAGUUUCAGUCUGUCAGGAAACCUAAAAACACACCAGCAAAUUCACAGUGGAAAGAAGCUGUAUCACUGUACAAAAUGUGGCAAUACAUUUGCUUUCUGUGGUUAAGUGAAAAGACAUAAAUACCAGUUUUGAAAAUGCAGAUGAAGCUGAUAGAAAUCAAUAUUCCAGGCAGUGUUACAAUGGUCCUUGUUUUCGGUCCUUCCAGUCCAGGUCUUUGCUUCAACCAGAUUGUAGAUUAAUGAAUCAACCUUCUUAUAAAUCAUUCAGGACCUAAUUGGAAGCGAGGGCCACUGCUUUAUACCAAUCAAAACUGAGUGUGAUGCUCCAGUGAUAUUUUUUGAAAGGAAUCCUGUCUAUGUGCCAGCCUAAGGGUGUUUAAUCAUGUUUUAGCAUAAAUGUGAGAAUGAGUGUGUGCCAAAGCAGCUGUGCUUGCAUUUCAAUCAGUAGUAUAAGUAGGCUAUGACUACCUGCAACCUUUAUGAAUUGUGUAUGAACCUGAAUAUGGUUAUUAUUAUGGGGGGUAUCAAUUUCAUUAAUAGGGGUAAUGAAUACUACAUGAAUAACAUCAUGAAUAAGGGCCGGCAUGACAACAUGAAUAGGCCACUGCGGUCGCGCAGACAUGGUUAAGGUUUGAAUGAAAGUCCUGUUUACAGUCGGUUUUACAAGCAGCUCAAAAGGGAGGUAACAUCCCACCAAUAUGCAUUUUUAUGUGUGGUCGGAUUGGCAGGCUCAUCAAACCAUGUGAAUGGGGUAGCAUUUGGCUGAAUACUUUUUGAGAUACAGAGUGGCAAAAAGCAGCAUUUUUUUUUAAUAUACCUGGAUCUCAAAAAG